AUUUAUGUUUUUGGUGUGGGGGCAGAAAUUAACGAGGAGGAAAUCAACAAGUUGGUGUCGAAGAAGGAUUCAGAAAGGCAUUUCUACAAACUAAAGGAUGACACCAAACUGACAUCCUUGUUCAAAAAGAUUAUAGGUCAGUGUAGGAUUGAAUGGGUGUUCAUGUAGUGUGUACAGAUUUAAUUAGCGCACAUCGGUGUACAGUAUCAUAGGUGUGUUAUUUUUCUCUCUGCUUCUCUGUAGAUGAGAGUAACAGUAUAGGCCUGUGUGGGCUAACCUGGGACCGCGAUGGCGUUGAUUUGAAGGCUUUCAAACGCCAGGAAUAUCCUUGGCUGGUCAAAAUCUCUGUCGAUGUAAGUCAAUCAGCAACAAAUAAGAGAUAUUAGAGAUACAUUUUACAUAAAAGAGAAACUACUAUGCAGCUAGUGUGUAGGCAUGCUACAGUAUUUCUCCUUCUUCCAUUUAGGUCGGAAGUGAGCAUAGCUCUUGCAUGGGUGCCCUCGUUACACCUAGAUUUGUCCUUACUGCUGCUCACUGCUUCAGGGAGAAGCAGAUAAGUAGCAUUAAAGUGAAGUUCCCUGAUCAGAAAGGUACUGUGCUUCUCUGAACUUCCCUGGGCAAUGUGUUAAUUCAUUGUAAUGCAUUUGUUAAAUUCAAUUGUAGCUUAUUCUCUGAUGCCUUUUACCUUGGUUUCAGCACAUGGUCAGGUGUGAGGCAAACACCUGAUCAAAAAAUAAGAUCAUAUAUUUGUCUGUAGAUUCAGAAAUGCCGGUGGAGCAGAAACCUAUAAUUCAUCCAGAAUAUGAUGUCUUUAAGAAGAAGGACAAAGGGGUUUCAGAGUUUUAUGACUACGAUGUGGCACUCUUGAAGUUGGAUAGUGAUGUCCAAAUGUCUAAAUAUACCAGGUAAGUCAGGACAUGGUAAGCCCAAAAUGUGGCAUGGUUUGAGGACAGAGGACAACUCUGAGAAAUGUAUCUGUAUUUUGCAGGCCCAUCUGUAUUCCUUGUACUAUAUCAUCCAUCCGUGCAUCAGGUCUCCAUAUUUCAACAACCUGUAAGGCACAG